AUGCAGCAGCCCGCUGGAGGCGCUACAAAGGAGGAUCUUUUUGCGCUGUCAGAGCCUCCGUCAUGGAGCAACAGGCGCCUGUUUGGUGUGACUUGGGGGCUGUCUAGCGGCCCAGGCAGCCUGGGCACCACUGAGCCGGUCGCGACCGGGUCCAGGCGCGCCAGUGUUGACCACCCAGUCACUGAGGGAGAUUGGCCGGAGAGCCCGGGAGACGCAGAAAAAAUGUCGUCGAGCACGAGGGCCACGCGCUCGCGCUUUUCCAGUCCCGCGCAGCAAGGCGUCGCCGCGCAGGGCGUCGGCUCGCCCCUCGAGGUCAAGAGGAGCUCCGGCAACGCCAUGUCGCGGGCCUUUAUGGAGCGAUGGAUGGAGCCUUCGGUCCAGGCCAAGCCCAGCUACGAGGAGGCUGGUUUGAUGCGCGGCGGCGUGCUCGAGGGCAUGAUGCCGCUCGGCGUACUGCCCAAGCCAAAGAAGCCGGAGAAUGCCGACGGCGGCAGCGGCGGCGGCAGCGCGCACGGCGUCCGCAGGGUGAUUCUCAGGACGGGAGGCGCGAACAAGGAUAGAAAUAGCGCCAGUAGCGGCACAGAAAGCAACGGCGAAAAGGGCAUCACGCCGCCGUCGUUGGGCAACGCGGUUGCGGGCAGAAAACGCGCGGCAUCGCCGGAAGCCCGCCCGACGGCCGCCUCGUCGCGCCGGUCGCUGCCUGCCAAGGGUGCUCUCAAGAAAAAUGACGACGACGACGAUUAUAAUCCCGGAGGCGGAAAGCGUAAGAAGCCUGCCCGACGGUCCCAACCGGCGGCCCUGUCCAAGACUCAGGAGAACCAGGAAGCGGAGGGGGAGCAGGCGGCCCCAGCGCUCUCGCCAGACGGAGCAGGCUUGAAACACUAUCCUACGGCGUGGGCCCUGAGGACCUUGUACGAUGAAAAGUCGCAAGACGCCGAGUUUGACUCGAUGGUGACGGAUGUAUUACAGCAAACGGCAGAUGAUGACACGCUUGACGAGUUCUCCAAGCACAUCGGGGAGCAGAAGCGCGAGGGAGGGACAGACAGCGGCGACUGCUACUACUUUGCGCCGCCGUCGACAAAUCGCGGGCUGGAAGCGCAAAAAGCGCAAAAGCCGACGGAUGCGCAGUACGGCGAGCUCGUGGGCGACAGCGAGGAUGAGGAGGAAAUCGAGGAGCCCGAGGAGCUGCAUUCACCGGCAGCCUCGGCAUCGGCUGGUGGGCGUGAGACGACGGCGGGGGAGAGCGACAGACGAGCUGCCAAGAAGGCCAAAACGUCACACUCAUCAUCGGGCACGAGCAAAAGCAGAAACCUGAGCGGCGCAGGGCAGCACAGUCAUGAUGAGGAAAACGAGGUAGCGGCAGCGGAUGUGACCACUACUGCGACUGCCACGGCCACGACCACGGCCACGACCAGGGCAGACACAGACACACCAUCGCGCAAACGCCGACGGCGCAACUCGACAUCGAGCGAUUCAUCGCUCUCGUCGGCCGUGACACUACCGUCGCCCGAAAUGCGCAACAAGGUUGGCGCAGCCACUAUUGGUGCAGGUGCUGGCGAUGGCGGUGGUGGUGGUGGUGGUUCUGGCAGUAGGGGGGCCACUUCUGGAACGGAAACUGGAACCGCGACCAGCGCCAGCACCAGCACCAGCACCAGCAACAAGCCCCGAACCCAAAAGCUCACCAACCCCAGACACAUCCAAACCAAGCUCACCAUCAGCAACAACACCUCGACCGGUCGAGUCUCAUCGCGACCCGUCAUUACCGCCCCAGCAAGGACGCCUGCCGACUUUACUCUCCGGCCCUCCAACACCAUCGUCGCCGCCCCGUCAGAGCUGCACUCACCUCCUGCCUCACCUACCACCCACAACCACUCGUCCCAGUCACGGCAGGCUGGCAUGCCCGGCAGACUGGCCGCCCUGUCGCAUCCGCCAUCUCAGCCGCCACCCAAGGCCAAGAGUGCCAAGUCGAGGGCGGCAGCAGCAGCAGCAGCAGCAGCAGCAGCAGCUCCCGAGGGUUCUGAUGCACCCAUGCAGCAGAACGACGUCAAGCGUGGGGAGGCGGCGGCGGAGGACCUCGCCGCUAUCUGGGCACGACGUCACGACGCUCACAACGUCACAAAUGGCUACACGGCCACCGAGAGCGCGGUACGCGGCUCAAGCGAGCAGCGCGCCACAACGCCCGUCAGCACGACGAGGCGGACCACGCGCCGGUCCGUUGCCAACAACCCACCGCCCACGACGAGGGCUACGCGCUCGGCCACGAAGCGCCCCAACGAUCAUAUUGAUGAGACGGUCUCGCCGAUUCCCUUGUCACUCACCGGCGAUGAUAGCUCGACGGUAGGAGGAUCGCGCGCCGUCACGCCGACGGGCCCGCGCCAGUCCAAGCGACCCAAAGGGUUGCGCGUCAAGUCUUCUCCAGUCAAAAAGAGCGGCGGGCCCGCGGGAGGACUUCCAAGACUGGCGAGCGAAAGUCGGUCUCUGUUCAGAGCCGGCACACCUAAGGACCCGGUACGUAUGAUGCACACCGUGUUUUUUUUUUCGGGCCCAGACGAGCAGACCGCAGAUUGUCGGCGCGCGAACGGCAAGCAGAUAACAAAGGAGGACGGCCCAACCCGUCUGCUUGAGAGGACACGCGUGAUUGCUCAGAUAUCGCGCACUGAUUUUGUGGCGGAUGCGACGGAUAACGAUGAAUUCUGCUCCGCGUGUGGCAACGCCGGCGACGUGCUCUGCUGCGACGGCUGCCCCAGGUCGUUCCACUUUGAGUGCGUCAACCUCACCCAGUCUGAGGAUCUGCCCGACGACUGGUACUGCAGCGAGUGUAUUAUGCGCCGGUUUCCCUCGCGCGUCCCGAUUCACAAGGGUGCCUUUGCGCCGGCCCUCAACGCCCUGGAAAAGAGCAUCCCCCGUGCUUUUAGCCUGCCCAAGCACAUCCAGAACCGCUUUGAGGGUGUCAAGGCCGGCCCCGGCGGUGACUAUGAAGAGAUUGUGGGCAAAACUGUCAAGAGGAGAACGGGCUUUGAUGAGACGCCCGAUCUGUUCAAGCAGCGAGACGAGAACCAGCCGGUGCUGUGCCACGCAUGCCAAAAGUCGUCCAAUGAUACCAGGGCCAUUCUUCCCUGCAGCCUCUGCUCGUACUACUGGCAUCUCGAUUGCCUGGACCCCCCCUUGGCCGUGCCGCCGGUCCUCAAAUCAUGGCGGUGCCCGGCUCACGUGGACCAUAUCCUAGCCGACGUGCCUCGCCUCGCGCCCGCCCACAAGUUCCGCAAGAUCAAAAACGCCCAGCCCAUCACACCCAUCUUUUCCCGUGGCAUCAAGAAUAAUGGCCACAUUGAGAUUGACUGGACCGAUGAGCCGGAGCCGCCCAAGGAUGCCGGCUGGCCGGACGCCCUCUCUUUCGGCCGCACCUACAAGGUGCCUGUAAACGGUAUCAUUCUCGACUUUGUCGAGCAACAAGCUAACAUUGGGAAUGUCAGGCGCCAAAAAGCAGGCGCAGGCUACGGCACGCGCCAGCAAGAGCAGCGAUGUGUGCCCUACCCAUCCCCCACGCCGCAGCCGCCAGCCGACGACGGCCGCAGCCCCAGCCCGCUGCGGGGAUCGUCGCUGGCCCGCAACCUCAACGACUUACAGGCGUCGCUAAACCUCGUCGGGCUGCGGCAGCAACCGACGGACAAGAUCUACGAGCUGACGCAGGCGCUACUUGCGAACGUCGACGACAACAUGAUCAGCCUCAUGGCAGAAGGGAACGCCGACAACAUGGCCCUUGGCAAUCUGAAUGACAGCGACCGCCUCAGCCUCCGUGCCACGCUUGCCCAGAUGGACGCCAUGAGCGCUCGCAUUCGCCAGGUCCUCGACGGCGACGGCGACGUCAAACGGGAGCAACAGAGGCAGCAACAGCAGCAUGAUGUGUCGAGCAUCCCCACGCCAGAUCCCACGGCCGCCACCUCGACGCCGCCGCCCGCAGACGACUACACCGCUGCCGCCCUCAGCAGCCCGAUUGUGCCGAAAACGGAGGAGGACUCGGCAUUGACUGCCAUGGCAACGCUGUCGGAGCCUACGCCGCCGCUCACUAAUGAAAAUGGCGAUGACGGCCCCAUGGAUAUGAACUAG